UACAAUGUCUUCCAAAACUAGAACCCUUUCAUUUCUCUUCUCUGCCCUCCUCUUCCUUACCCACCUCAAUGUCUCCACCGCCCAAACCACUGUCGUUAAAGCCGCCUACUGGUUUCCGUACAGCGGCAAAGAAGUCUCGGCCAUAAACUCCACCCUCUUCACCCACCUCUUCUGCGCAUUCGCCGAUCUCAACCUCACAACUUACCAAGUCACCAUUUCCUCCGAAGUCUCACCCCAGUUCUCAAGUUUCACACAAACAGUCCAACAGAAAAACCCUAAUGUCAAAACCCUCCUCUCCAUUGGCGGAGGAAACUCCAGCCCUUCCACCUUCGCCGCCAUGGCCAGCCAGGCCACCCGUCGCAAAGCAUUCAUAGACUCAUCCAUCAAAUUGGCGAGGAACUACUCCUUCUACGGCCUUGACCUAGAUUGGGAGUACCCUUCCUCCGCCACGGAGAUGACCCACUUCGGAAGCCUCCUCACCGAAUGGCGGUCCGCGGUGGCCAACGAGUCAUGCACUUCCGGCAAGACGGCAUUGCUGUUGACCGCUGCAGUCUUCCGCAAUGCAUCUUAUUACCGCAUAAACUAUCCGUUCAAGGCUAUUUCGAGCAGCCUGGACUGGAUCAACCUCAUGACGUAUGACUACUACGGCCCUAGUUUCUUCGAAGGCAAAACCAACACUUACCCGCCAGCUGCAUUAUACAACGGUGGAUCCACCAUUCUCGUCAACGGGGACUCCGGAAUCGUGACGUGGAUCAACAACGCCAGAAUCUCAACCAAGAAGAUAGUUAUUGGUCUUCCCUUUUACGGGCGCGCUUGGAAAUUGUUAAACCCUAACAACCAUGGAUAUUUCGCUCCGGCUAAUGGCUCGGCUAUCGGGGCUGAUGGAAACCAGCUCUACAACCAGAUUAGGGUUUUGAUCAGCCGCGGGUUUCAGACGGUGUACAAUGCCACGGUGGUUGGUAACUACUGUUACAAUGGGACGACUUGGAUUGGUUACGAUGAUACGCAGAGUAUUAGGGCCAAGGUUUCGUAUGCUAAAGGAAAGUCACUUCUUGGUUACAUUGCUUGGCAUACUGGUGCUGACACAAAUACUUGGACUCUUGCUCAAACAGCUUUCAGUACAUGGGGAUGAGCAGUCAUUGUUGAUAUGUAAUAUAGGAUCUUAUAUAUAUGUUGGUCACCCACAAUAAAGCCACACUGGCUUUGCUGUGUUACUUGAUUGCAUUGCAAU